ACUCAUAAACCCUCACCAUUGCUUUUACUCGGUCGCAAUGGGCUCUUCUCAUCACUACUACAAGUUCCAACACCAGUUGCCCCAUCCCCAUCUCCUCCUCCUCCUCCUCCUCCUCCUCCUCCUCAGCCUCGUUGCGGCGCGCGCGGGAGCGCGGAGCCACUGCGGUGGAGCCCCGCGCUGGCCGCCGACGCCGCGGCGGCGGCCAAGCGCCAGCGCCCCCGGUGCGAGUUCGCGGAGCUGGGCAAGAGCCCGUACGGGGCUAACCAGGCGUGGACCAGCUACCCGGCGCGCCCCGCCGAGGUGGUGGCGUCGUGGGUGGCCACGGGGAAGCACUACGACCGCGCCACCGACACGUGCAGCGGCGGCGGCGGCGACGACGACUGCGGCACCUACAAGCAGGUUGUCUGGCGCCGCACCCUCGAGCUCGGCUGCGCCCAGGCCACGUGCGGCGGCGGCGCCACCCUCACCCUCUGCCUCUACUACCCCCACGGCAACGUCAGAGGCCAGCCCCCCUACUAGAUUUUUUUUUUUUUUUUUUUNUUUUUUUUUUUUUUUCUAUUUAACCUUUUCUCUGCUCCUGCUUUGUACUCUUGAUUUUAGCAUAAUGAUAUAAUAAUAAUACCUAUUAAGGGCCUUUUUGUUUUAUCGAAGAUGAAAUUCAUCUUCAGGUUGAAGUACAAUUUCGGGUGGACUAGAGUUUAUGUACAAAUUAUUUUUUUUCCGAUGUUUGUUUCUAUAGCUGCUGUAGAAUUGAAGUUCUUCGGUUCUUGUUGUUUGUUUGAUAGAAAGUGAAUGGCGUUAAAGUUGAA